CUGCUGCCAUGUCCUGCAAUCGGUGGUGCGUGGUGGCGCUGCCGCUGCUAACCUCCUUACGAGGUGCCGGCCUGACGCUCGGGAGUCGGGACGGCUGCGGCAUAGCAGUGCGUACUGUGCUGCCUCAUGACGCUGUCAGGGCUUGUCGGUGUCUGUGCAGGCGAUGACUCUGGAGUAAAGCCAAGGCAGCUAGUGUCAAAAGCGUGACAUAACUUGCUCGUGUUGAAGUAAAUAAGGGUAAAGCGAUUCAAUAAAUUUCAUUUAAAAGUUUCGUAUCGGACAUUAUAAUUACCACUUUUUAUGUAAAAUUGACAGUCGGAGGAACUUAGGACUAGUUCGAAGAUAAGCUUCAGCGCUUUUUUCCAUUCGAUAAUCGAAUAAAGUGCCGGAAUGCAGCGACUGCGCCGCCCCCUGCUCUGGAUCCUGCUGAGUGUUUGGGCUGUAGGGGGCGUUGCCCCCUCGCCCAUCUCUCCGCUGUCGUCUUCGGAUGGACUAGCAAGCUUUGAUGAAGGGAAGGCAAAUGAGCGCGAUUCAGCAGUGCUGGGCGACGACGAGCGGUCACUUCUGUUCAGAAGUGACGAGUACAAAGAAGAGUUAAACGAAGUGCUUGGACCAGCUCCACUAGAUGGUCCCGCACCCUCGACACGAAGGCCGUCCAGUAAACCAAGCCUUGCUUCUGGUGCCUCUGGCUUGACGCGUCCGGGGUACAAGAUCAUUGAAAAUCAAAGCAAAGAUCCGGCAAACAAGCCUGGAGUAACAUUUGAAAUUUCCCCAGCUUUUCCUGUUACACGACGACACAGUGAAAAUUUGGAGGGAAAGCAUUCGAAAAUUUCAUCGGAAACUGUGAAGCAAUUACAACAGCAGCUCCUUGAUGAGAUCACUGACCAAACAAGGAGUACGUCAGAUGAUCCAGGGACGUUUGAUGAAUAUUUUUGGGACACCGAAGGGGACGCAGACUAUCUUCAAGAAGGAUACGGCGAGGCGACAGAACUUCUACAACCUUCUGUGCAAGUCAAGGAGAAUCCCGACGUUAUGAAACCAAUUCAGCAGGAUUCUCCAGAAGCACUCUCUGAACCUGAAGAUCGGGAAAAAGAUAAAGGUUCCAUUAACAUCGUAAUCACCAAAGCAAAAUCAAAACUGGACAACGAAGAAACGCUUAAACUUCUUUCUCACUCCAAGAUUGAUGCUCAACACUUGGGUCCUCGAAUGACGUCAUCAAGUGACUUGAAUGCUGUUGUGUUGUCGGCUGUGGAGGCAGGAAGCCGCGACAUAAAUGAUCAAGAAAUGCAACAAGUUAUAAGAAAGGUGAUGGACACUUCAGAGGAGACUUUCCCUAUCAACAAUACCAAUUUCUCUUCUCCUGACGGACGUGAACUACGUAACGCUUUAUCAAGCCUGAUUGCUGCUCCGCAAGAGUACCUGGCAGAGGGUGGCUAUAAACAGCCCUCUGAUGUGUCUGUUGGUUACAUACCCCUUUCAAAAAAUUCCCAACUAGAUCAACUUCUAAAGAUCCUGGGAAAUAAGGGCGGUACCCAGGCAAAUGUCAAUGUUUUUAUCAUUAAUAUCAUUCCAAAGCAGACAUUGGAUGGCAAAGAGAAUGAAACUAAUACACAUUUGACUACACUCGAUUCUACAAACCAUAACCAUGAGGGAAAAAAUCCAGCAGGAAAACAGGAUCCAGUUUCAGUAUCAACUCUUAAUGGGCUGACAUCAGAGCGUAAAACAUUACUGAAUUUGUUACCGAAUUUUGUGCGAGCUACGACAAUAUCACCACUUGUUUCUUUGUCCAACGAUUAUUUUCAUGAAUCCUUGGGAGUGAAAUCGCCUGCAUUGGGAAAGUUACCAAGUGGUGAAUUCGAAUUGAGGCACGAACAGUACGCUGAUGAAGAUGAUCAAAAAACACUACGAGAAAUCGACAAAUUCAUCAGUUCAACCGAAGAAUUGUUUCGGCAGCAGGCAGAAACUCUAAAACCAACGAACAGUGUUGAGAAAUCUACCAUUCCAGAACUUUCCCGUCUUCCGUCGGAGACAGUCGAGCCAGCGCUCGGAGAAGCGCGUAGACCAACGAACAAGAAAACUAAUACAAAUAAUCAAGUAGAUACUGGGGAGACUGGGUCAUCUGGUAUUUCUUCUAGCCCUACUUCUGAAGUGAUAGAUAUUCUGCGCCUUGAUUCUACUGUCAAUGAUGGUGAGAUCCUCAAGUUUUCAGAAAACAGUCAAUUUACCGCACUUUCUCGAACAAACAAAACCACAACGGACAAGAAAAAGUCAACUGGUUAUUUGGGCAAUGUACAGGGAGUGAUGAAAGCCCUGGCUAUCGGGGCACUGCCGAGUGGUGUUGCCGUAGCCUCAGCGUUUUGGCCGAUGUGGGCUCCCUUGGUGUUCGGGAAGCGAAGGAGGAAGAAGAGAAGUUAUCCAGCAAAGUCACCUCAUUCGGAUUGGUACAGUAUCCUCAAUGGAUCCCGCUAUAACUCGAGGAGUAGGUUUGAAGACUUUAAGAGUGGGCGAAAGACUAAUUCAACCAAGCAUGGUUCCGAAAAUUCUAUCAUUCGAACGAGUGAUCUAGCUGCCCUUAUCCAAUCGGUAGCCCCAAGUACUAUGAAAAUUGCAAAAAAUUCCUACACUUCUGUUAAUCCUUCGUUGUUCCAAGAUAAGCUAACCACGAAAACACUGCAAACGAAGCCCCGUACACCUCCAGAGAAACAUGCAACAGGUUUGAAAUUAACCACGUCAUUCCCUCUCAUCACAGACGAGGAUGUUGGAGUGAGAUCUACGUUUUCGAAAUUGCAUUCCUUGCUGGCUGAGGCGACAACACGUGACAGUGUCUUCAUGACAACCCCUGUUUUCGGCGAUGGAAAAAGUCCUACGGAAGAUGUUCAGUUGGUGAGUAAUUUUUUAUCAUCAGCUCUCAGUGGGUGGGAUGAUGCCGAAAGCAAGUCGUCCGACGAGCAAACGACGCAGAAUUAUAUACAACUAAACGUUACGGACAUCACUGCUGAUGAAGACAGAUUAGGAGGGUCUGGGAGCCCAAUUGUACUAGUGGACAAAGAAACUGGUGAAAUUAAGCCCAUACUGAACGUUAGCAAAAAUGAAACGGAUCUCCUGAACCAAAUCGAUGGAGAUUUGAAUACAAGAUUGGACUUGCUCAGAAACAAAACUGGGUCUACUACGGAUCCAUCGAAUACAACGCAGGUCACUACGCUGCCUUCUCUAAGAAGCACCUCCAGUCCAACUACUACGACGACGACCACCACCACCACCACCACGACUACCACCACCACGCCACGCCCUUCAACCAGCUCUCCAGGCGUAUUUUCAAUGAUAACAUCCGCCUUCCAGAAUCCUUCACCUGAAAUAGCGAGCGCGGUGUCUUUCGCGGGAACAAUCGCUGUGUAUGGGGCAGCGGCACUGAUGCCUUUGUGGCUGCCUCUUGUUGUUGGCAAGAAGAGGAGGAGGAAGAGGUCGACAGAUUUCACUGAUUAUGAAAAUAAUAUCAAUGAGCAUUUUGAAGCAAACAUACGUAAGCUUACCGGAAAGUUUGCUCCUUAGAGCGAAUACCAAACAUUUUAUCCUCUUGGGCUCUUUAAUCGUCACAAUAAAUGCUGCUACACCAUUAAAUGUGUCUAAAAAUAGUAUUUUUGUUGGCAUUAUAUUAUUGGCACGUCAUUUAAAAUAGUUACCGUACAAAAAUCAGAACAAACCUUAACUCUUGUUCGGCUUAGAUCAGCUGGUAAAAUCUAGUGCGGGUGAUUGUGAUAGAUAAGCUGGUAGUAAAUAGAAGGCUCGAGAUAUUGUGCCUUCAAUCUAAUUCAGCAGUUAAAUAAUUGUUAUUUGUCUUGUUACAGCUUCGGCCAGUUGAAAGUGGUGUGAAACUUUCAUUGAAUACUGCUUCAAUUCGUUUUUUUUGCUGCAAUGUUAGAACGUGCAGAUAACAAAAUCUUUUUUAAAAUAGUGUUGUACGUCUUUUUGAAUAUCGGGCAUUUAUCAAUAAUGGGUUAUGAAUAGUGACAAAUAAAUGUCAAGGAGAAAACAUAUUCCCCGCAAUAAUAAACACCAUUAGGGAUUUUUACACAUAAGAUCCAAUUAAGUUUUUAUUAAGAAUACAAAUAAUAAUUAUUCUGCAUUGAAUGUAACCUCCUAAUAAGUCAAGAAACUAUUUAUAAAUAAUUCAGUAACAUCUGCGAAUGAU